AUGUCACGCCGCUUCCUCCCUCAGCUGGAAAAGAAGCAGCCGGGAUCACCACCUCAAGAUGCCCACUCGAAGCGCAUCUUCUCCAACAGGCUCCAGGGACAGACGGCCUGGCAGCGCCACCAGGAAUACGUCGCGCGCUACCUGCGCGUGUACGAGCGCGACGGGGGCAAGGCACGGCUCGAAGCGCUUGCAGCGGGCAACCGAAACGACUGGGACGUGCUGCGGGAGCGCCACCGCUUCCUGCGUGACGACGACGAGGUGCCAUCCUCCUCGUCGGGCGGGUCCAGCUACGAGGAUGAGGUGGCCCGGCGGUACUAUUCGCACCUGUUCAAAGAGUACGCCGUAGCCGACCUCAAGCACUACAAGUCAGGGGCCAUUGCGCUCAGAUGGAGAUCGGAAGAAGACGUCAUCGAGGGCAUCGGUCAAUUUACGUGCGCCAAUACACGGUGCGAGGAUCACCAACGCCGAGCAACGACGCCCCGGAGAAACGAGGUGGAGGCGUCUGCCACCACUUUGACUCCCUACGAGGUCAAUUUUGCGUAUGCAGAAAGGGAAGAGGGCGAAAUGGUGCAAAAGAAUGCGCUUGUCAAGGUCGUCCUGUGCAGACGGUGCGCCAGGAAGCUCAAUUACAAGCGGGAGCACGAGAGAGUCCGUGAAGGGUCGACCUCGGCGUCCAGAGCAGAUAGGAGGCUGCGAGAGGACGUCAAAGCGGAUCAGACGGCGAUGGUAGAAGUGAAAGAGAAGGAUAAAAGAAGACAUGCUCGGCCUCGGCCUCGGUCUCGGUCAGCGUCGCCUUCAAGACCUCGUAAUGAGCGAUAG